CUUGUCAAAUUAUUUAUACUUACUUUGUGCAUAACAAUAUAAAUGACUUUGGUGAACACAUUACUAGUUGUGGCUUUUUGUUGGAAUACUUACAGCUCAUGGUGGUCGAAGCUGACCCCAAGGACGACAGCCUAGACAAGCACAACCAGUUGAGGAAAAAACACGGCUCUCCGCCACUGACACUGGACGAUGAGUUAACCGAUGAAUGUGAGAAAUAUGCGAAAGAGCUGGCCGAGAAAAAAGAGUUGGAACAUUCAAAAUGUGACGGCGUAAAAUACGGUGAAAACUUGUGCUAUAGGUCUCAUGAUCCCCAAAAAUGUAUUCAAAAUUGGUACGAUGAAAUCAAAGACUACGACUUUUGCAAUCCUAAGUUGGACAAAAAAACAGCCCAUUUUACUGCCUUGGUGUGGAAAGAAGCCAAAAAAAUGGGCCAUGGCCAAGCCGAAGAUGAAAAAGGAAUCACGUACGUAGUAGCGAGAUAUUCUCCACCAGUAAAUGUGAACGGUCAGUUCAAAGAAAAUGUUCCGAAGCCGAUCAAUGGAAGUGGUUGUGAAGACAACUCCAAUCUACCUCAAGUCGAUGCCAUUCUCGUCCUACUUGCGUUCUGCCUGCACUUCAAAAUUUAAGCCCACAUGUGUUUUGCUUUCCUCAAACCUUUUUCGGUUGUACAUUUGUAGUUUAUUUAAAAUUAAUACAUGUAUUAUUGUAAAUGUAUUAUUUAUAUAUUAAUACAUGUAUUAAUUUUAAACUCUAAAA